AUGGAUCAUUUGGUUAUUAGGAGAAGUAAUAGCAUUGUUGAUUUGGAAAUUGGUGGGAGUUCCAGCGAAGAUAAUGUGGUUAAAGGGCUGGGUUCAAGUGGUGAAAAGGCCAAGAGGCUCGAUAGACUAAGGAGUGAAUCUCCUAGUACCAUUGGAAUGACUAGGGGUGGUGAUGGGUCAAGUUCAAGUGAGGAUACAUUGAGUUAUAUUGAAAAUUUGGAGAUGCUUGUAUGUGAGAAAGGGGAAAUGGCGAAAAUUAGUGCAGAGAAUGGAUUGGUGAAGGAGAAAAGGAAAAAGAGGAGUGCUAAACCACCCCUGCCCCCUAAGGGUCCAUCAUUGCAUGGGGCAGCUGAUAUGAAGUUGCUUAGAGAAAUGUCUGAGCUUACAAGGCUGAAGCAUGCAAGAGUUAAACGAAUGAAGGCACUGAAGAAGAAGAGGACAGAGAAGGGAUCAUGUUCAAGCAGUAACAUUUUCUCGAUCGUCGUUACCAUUGUCUUCUUCUACGUGAUAAUUUUCCAAGGUUUCUUGGGUUCUCGUGCAUGA